CUCAUCAGUGAUGGCAGUGUGGUGUGUGCUGAAGCCUUGUGGGACCAUGUUACCAUGGAUGACCAGGAACUGGGCUUCAAAGCUGGGGAUGUCAUCGAAGUGAUGGAUGCCACCAACAGAGAAUGGUGGUGGGGCCGCGUUGCAGAUGGCGAGGGGUGGUUCCCUGCCAGCUUUGUACGGCUGCGGGUGAACCAGGAUGAGCCCGCGGACAACUACGAGGCCCCGCGGGCCGGGGCUGGAGAGACCGAAGACAGCAUUCCGGAAGCCCAGAGCUGCAAGGACCAGAUGCGCACCAAUGUCAUCAAUGAGAUCCUCAGCACUGAGAGGGACUACAUCAAGCACCUUCGGGACAUCUGUGAGGGCUAUGUCCGCCAGUGCCGAAAGCGGGAGGAUAUGUUCAGUGAAGAGCAGCUGCGCACCAUCUUCGGGAACAUCGAAGACAUCUACCGCUGCCAGAAGGCGUUUGUGAAGGCUUUGGAGCAGAAGUUCAACACAGAGCGGCCACACCUGAGCGAGCUGGGUGCCUGCUUUCUGGAACACCAAGCAGACUUCCAGAUCUAUUCUGAGUACUGCAACAACCACCCCAACGCCUGUGUGGAGCUCUCCAGGCUCACCAAGCUCAGCAAGUACGUGUACUUCUUCGAGGCCUGCCGGCUGUUGCAAAGAAUGAUUGACAUUUCCCUGGAUGGCUUUCUACUCACCCCAGUGCAGAAGAUCUGCAAGUAUCCCCUCCAGUUGGCGGAGCUGCUCAAGUACACACACCCCCAGCACAGGGACUUUAAGAAUGUUGAAGCUGCCUUGCAUGCCAUGAAGAAUGUGGCCCAGCUCAUCAAUGAGCGGAAACGGAGACUUGAGAACAUUGACAAGAUUGCUCAGUGGCAGAGCUCCAUAGAGGACUGGGAGGGGGAAGAUCUCCUGGUCAGGAGCUCGGAACUCAUCUACUCGGGGGAGCUGACCCGUGUUACACAGCCUCAAGCCAAGAGUCAGCAGAGAAUGUUUUUUCUCUUUGACCGUCAGCUCAUCUACUGUAAAAAGGACCUGCUCCGUCGGGACGUGCUGUACUACAAAGGUCGGCUGGACAUGGAUGAUCUGGAGGUGGUGGAUGUGGAAGAUGGGAAGGACCGAGACCUCCAUGUGAGCGUCAAGAACGCCUUCCGUCUGUACUGUGGUGCCACUGGGGACAGUCACUUACUAUGUGCCAGGAAACCAGAACAGAAGCAGCGCUGGCUGAAGGCCUUUGCCAGGGAGAGGGAGCAGGUGCGGCUGGACCAGGAGACAGGCUUCUCCAUCACUGAGCUGCAGAGGAAGCAGGCCAUGCUGAAUGCCAGCAAGCAGCAGGCCACAGGGAAGCCUAAAGCUGUCGGCAGGCCAGGAUACCUGACCCGUCACAAGCAUCCACCCUUGCCUGCCAGCCGGCCCCAGCAGCAGGUGUUGGUGCUAGCUGAGCCCAGGCGGAAGCCAUCUAACUUCUGGCACAGCAUCAGCCGACUGGCACCCUUCCGAAAGUGAGCCAGCACCUACCGGACAACCUGACAGCACUUUGUGGACCCAGCCUUCCCUCAAGGCCUACUCCAUCAGGCCCUCUGCCUGUUUUGCAAACUGGAAGUGAACAGGUACAGCAUCACAGCUGUAUGAAGUCUGGGCCCUGCCUCUGGCUUCCUCCCCAAUGCGAGUGCAGUGUUGCACUCUGCCUCUGCCUAUACUUUGGACCUGUGCAGGGUCUCCACCCUCCACCGAUGGUGAGCCUGCAAGCCACAGCUCAGAACCACUGGCCAGGCAGUGCCAAUAAGGCUCAUCUGUGCUGGACGUUCUUUGGAAAGCUUAUCUCCACUCCUGUUUUCUCUGGGCAGGAGACCAAAGUCUGUGGCCAUGAGCCACCUGCAAAAGCAGGUGUGCACCCCUCUGCUCUCCACUUGUCCUUUCAGGCCCCCAGCCCACUUGUAACUUCAGAGGUCAGGAACCAAGAAUUGUGCACUCCUAACUCUACCCAUAGCUGUCCUUAUGCCUCCUGGCUCCUCUAGACACUGCUGGCUGCCAGACACCCUUUGUGACAUGUGCAAUGAGAAGAAAACGGUACAGUCAACUGUGUACCUGGUUCCAGGUUAGUGACAGUCCCCUGUAGCUGGGGUGGCUGCACAUAUACCCAGUCCCCAUUCAUUAUGAUUUUGUCGUGUUAUUUCUCUAACAAUGGAGAAUUGUUAAUGACGCAGAAAGAUUGCCUUACCCUAGUGAGUGUGAGAAGCCAUAAGGACUGAAUUCCGUGGCCUAGCAUGGACUGACUCCUCGUGGGGCACACAGCCAGGCCUGCAUGUAGUGCAGAGCCCAUAGGAUUCAGAAGCAUGGUCAGUACCUCUUGCACUGUACCUUCUCUAAUCCAGAAACCACAUUUAAUUUCAUAAAGAAACUUAAGAAAAGUAA